CAGAGCUGUUUUGGUGUUAGCUGUAUUGAGGGCAGUCAUCUGGGGAAGCCAGGAACAUCACAGGUGGGUCUGGCAGCUGUUAGUUGAGCAGGAUGUGCAGGAUAGAAAAUAAUCAGCAAGGUGGCACUCAGGUGCUGGGAUAAAAAGGCUCACUGGGACUGCAGGAAUCGGUAUCCUCAGGUGUACAACCAAUACCUGUCACUUUAUAGGUGUGUUUCUGAGCCUUACGUACAAAGGCAGUGGGAAGGCACCUUGCUGUGGGCAGGGAGGGCUUCAUCUCAUGUGUGGAACACCACCAAGUGGUGGCGUCCUGCAUGGUGUCUCAGAGGAGCCAUGGCGAACCCUAUCUUCUCCCAGCUCCUUUACCAGUGUGGAUGAGGAGUCUUUGAUGCAAACUGUGAGCUCUGGUACAGGUGCACAUUUCAGUUAGUAAUGCUGAAGUACUGCUGGGGAGAGGGUAAGUUUGUCCUGUAUAUGGUAAGAGCACAGGAGGAUAAGUUCACCCUGAAUGUGGUAAGAGCAUAGGAGGUGGCCUUUUCUGAGCAUAAAUUCUUCUCUAGUGCACAUUUAUUUCUCUGCAGUCUCCUUUUUCACCUCCAACAAUGUCUAAUAUUAGUCCCUUCCCUGUUUCUCCCUGGAUUUCCCCUCCCUUUCUAUAACUGCUGUCUCUGGGACCUCCCAGAAUGCUGUCAGCUGCCUUAUUUGGUGUAAGGUAUGUUGGAUCUGGUACAGGCAGUUUUUGCCACAGGAGGAUUUGCUGGCCGAGGUAUGCUUCGAAGGACGUGCAAGGAAGAGAUCUGGAACAAAGCUGGUGAAGGAAGGCAGUGUGUGGCCUGGCUCCCACUGCAGCUGGAUGGCUCUGCUCUGUGCUUCGUUCUGCCCUGCAGCAGUGGCUGAGGCCUGACCCUAUUCUCACAAUGAGCCAAUGUUGGCAUUUCUGAGGAAUGCAAUGGCUCUCACUGAGCUGCUCUGAAAGAGGCUGCAGAGCAUUUUCUAGGCCUGCUUCUCUCUUCAGGACUUUAUUUUCCCCUGCAGAGCAUUAAAGGUAAUUAAUUUCCAGGCUCUUCCAUGUAUCAGUUUCCUCUUUCCUGGUGAGAGCAAGCUGCCUGUGGGACAUCAGAUGGCCCAACCACAGCCAUUGCACGCUUCUUGCUCACCUGGACACCUUCAUGCUCAUCCUUAUGUUCAGGGGCUGUGUGACUCCCACCACCAUCAGCCUGGGCACUGCUGUGAGUGCAGGCGACGGGUGGCCCUUCUCCAGCCAACAGCCACGCUGCACUGAAACUUCCUGCUAUGAAAACAGCUGUCUUGAAAGAGGAAUACAAGAUUUGCUUGAAACCAGGCACGCUGGCAGCAGACAGCAAAGGCAGCAGCAGCAGAGUGGUGGAUCUGUGCUGGUUUAACAUGCAGCGCCUCCUCCCAGGGCUCAGGCAGAAGCAUUCUGAGCCCCAGCGGUGCCAAGACAGGAUGUGCCUGUUUCCUGCAUGUCUUCAGAACAGCCUUUUGCUGCGCUCUGGUCAGUGCUAAGGAGAUUGCCCCUCAGUUUAAGGCAUUGUUUUUCCAGGGCACUUGGUUGGACUGCAGCCCAGUGGUGUGUUACAGUGCUAUCUCUUGGGCAUGUGCAGCAGCAGGAGCAUGUUUCAGGUGUGAGCCCACCAGGCCUGUAGCGUUACAUCUGAGUACAGCUCUCAUUCAGCUUCCAAUGCUGGGCCAGGCUGCUCCGUGCUCUGAGCCAGCGUGGAGCUCCUAAACCAAAAGCACAGCGGUGGUGUCAUCCUUCCGUCGGAGUCCCACGUGAAGGCUGAUGACGGGAGAUUUCACUUUGAAAAGAUGAGGUGCUUCCCAAAGGUCAGCCCGCUGUCCGCACGGACGCAGCCGGUGGUACACCCAGCCCGGUGCUGCCAGGGGCCGCCAGCAGGAGGGGCUGCACGGCCGUGGGAGAGCAGAGACCCGUAGGGGACCCACGGGCUUCUGUCCAUUUCAGUCCCUGGGGGAGCCUCAUUGGGCUGUUGCUUUUCUCGGGGUGACUCCAUGACGCUGCGGUGAGUGGUGUCAGCUAACCUUUGCUAAUGACCCGCUCUUGUUUCCUUUUGAGCUGAGGCUGGCAGGUAUUCAUUUAUCUUUGUCUUUAUUGGUUCUUCUACUCAUCUGGCUGGAAAACAACCCCUAGAAAUCCCCAGCCUUGGUAUUUACCAAGAGACACGGAAACUGGUUCACGUGGUGCUGGCUGAACGAUGCCAGCACAGCCCACAGCUGAAGUGGGGCCACCAACACGGCAUGGCUGCAAAGAGCGAGAGAACCCACCCGCUGCUUCCUCCAGCCUGGAGACAGCACCUGGAAACAAGGGUACGGGCCCAGCACUGCGAGAAGCACCCAGUGUGUGCUCGGUGCUGCUUCCAAAGCCCCAUGCGGCUCGAAGCAAGAGCAGAGUUUGGGUAUGUGUGACAGCGAGGUUUCGCUGCCGCCUGUCACGUCUCAGAUGAAGCUUCAGGAACAGGAUCCUUUGCCAGUAACCACCACCUUGAGCUGAUGUUAUCUGGUUUCUGCAGAAUGAACUUGCUGAGCUGUCAUCUGUAUCGCUGUUGGGGGAAGUCCUGACUCCUGACGCUGCAGUUCCUGUGGCGGCUCCGCCAGUGCCCCGAUUCCAGCAGCACCGCCGGCUCAGGAGGAUCUGCAGGACACCCACGGCAGCAAGGCUGGGUCUGCCGGGAGGGGGUGGGCGGUGAGGCUUUGUGCAGCCCCGGUGCUGCUGGGGCCUCCAGGCAGGACGGCGUGCUCCUUUUGGCCGCUGCUGGCAGCGCACAGUGCAGUGCUGCUGGGUGCCGUAGCCCUGCGAGCUGGCCGGGGCAGUGUGCUGGAGUGGGGAUGCGGGCAUCAGCAGGUGCCUCCCAGCGUGUGGCUGCAGGGAUCUGCCACACAGGCACACCCUGUGGGUGCCGGGAAGGGUCACUGCUGCACUUCUGUAGGUGUCUGCUGGAGGAGGCAUCUCUCCUUUUUGAUGGAGAUCUUCCCCCGUAGCAAUGUGACGUGAUGUGCUCGUCGCUUCCAGGCUGCAGGUGUUGGUUGUGUAGCAAGCUGAGGUACCAGCGAGGUGCUGAUUGGGCCUCUCACAGCAGGGCAGCUGAAAUAUGACCUUCUGAAGCCACUCUGCUGCCAGUCGAUGCCAUCAGGUCGCUGACUGAUGUGCACAAGGUUUUAGGAGCUGCACAGGGUGCAGUGCCCUGCUGGGUCUCACUGCCUGCAGAGCCAAGUGGCACAGGUAUUCAUACAGACCCAAGUACCACAACCCCCCCAAUGGCUGCCACAUGCCAGGGCUGCUGCACCUCGGUGUUGCUCCUCACUAUGUUCCAGUGCAUGACCAAGCACUGGCUGUCAGCCACGCAGCAUGAUGAGGGUGCAAAUGGGUUCAAAGCAAUGCUCAGACUGGGGGUGCCCACCUGGUGUAUCCAGCCUCUGUGCAGCAGUGGGGAAAGAGGGAAGGAGCCUAGGGAAUGGGGACGGGACCGCUUGUCCAUCCUAUUGUAACAGGCUGUGGGACAUCUUGCCUUGUGUUUUACAUCACUACUACUUGCCCUGCUGUGAAAAUGAGAGACAUCCAGAGAUGGGUACCAGCCUCAAUCUGUGGCAUAGGAAAAUUUCCCUAUGUGGAGACUAAAAGUCCCAGUAGUUUAGAGUGGAAACUAAUGAAAUGCUGCAUGAUAGAGAUGUGUAGAGCAAUGCCUGGCUUAGAGAUAAGUGUGUUCCUCUGCUCACCCCCUCACAAGAUGUUCAAAGAAAUGGAAAGACAACUCAUUUUGAACUGGUAAACUGACACACUUUUCAGAGAGCAGCUAAUUGCUUUGUGCAGGUGGACAAGGUGCCUGCUGGCAUCACAGAGCAUUGAGGGUAAGGUACUCGUGAAAAGUGGGGAUGCCCAAAAUCAGGUCCAAGAGUUUGGACUAAAAAAAAAUAGGAAAUUGCACAGCUCUUGGACACGUGCUUUAGGAUUCAGGUGAAGGGGGGAGGAGCGGAGGGAGGGAGGUUUUACCUUUCUCUGUCCCCUCUUUGAAGCUACAGUGGGAGCUGCCAGCAGCAGCAGGAUCUCCUCACGCUGAGGCUGAGGCUGUGGCCCCUCUUCCUUGUCUCCCCUCCCAGGCACUGCUGGGCAUGAGACCCUGGCUGGAUGGUGAGUUUGAUGAACAUCUCUCUCAUCUGCUUUAAUUUAGGAGACGAGUGAUGUGUUUGUGCCUGUGCCCCCUAUCCUAGAGCAUGGCAGCAGUGCCCAGGGAGGAUCAGAUCCUGUCAAGCUUCAGUCAUCCCUAGGAGCAAAACUGUUGCUGCUCAGUUGGACCCACUGUGACAUCAUGGGCCUGAGGUUUGUGGGGCUGCACAGCCAUGGUCUGGAAAUACAUAAAGGAAGCUGGGGCUGCAGCCCCCUGCAAGCACCGGUAACCUGCCCUGGGUGGAUCAGCCACUCUGGUUAAACGGGUCGCUGCCCUUCCUCUUCGGGCCUUCCCCACCAUUGCUGAAUGAUACUGCCAUUGAGAUGACCAUCACCUAUGUGAUCAGCCAGGCUGGACUGCUGCUGGAGAGGACCAAGAGCUGGCCUACUGGGCUGCCUGUUUUCUUACCAGGGCUGGCACUCCUACCAGGCAAGGAAACGAGGGACUGCAGAAAGAAAGGAGGUCUCCUGGUUCAGACCUUUGGUGCCUCCUGAGAGAGCUGAAUCUGCCCCAAAAUGACCUGGUGAGCUGCAUAAGUGAGUUCUUCACAGGAGCAGCCAUGUGUUUCUCAUUUGCCAGGUCUGCUUUGUGGAAGAUCUAAAGGGUUGCAGCUGCAGCUACAGACAUCAGGAGCUGGGAUCUGGUUAAAUGAAUUACUACUACACUGAGCCAGAAACACUGAAAAUUUAGCUCCUAAUUGGUUAAAAUGUCCAAAAAUUAAUGAGUGCUUAUGACCUAAAUCCCUCUUUAUCUCUCAUUUUGCAAUUGUAAAAUAGGAAUAGUACUACCCCUUCAUGUGGAAAGGUGGAUGAAAAAAACCAUUUCCUUAACAGUUCUGGAGCACUCAUUUGGGAGUGCUGAAGAGAUUAGCACUAGGAGAAGCCUGUGAAGACAUGAAAAAGCAGGACAUUGAAGUGGGAUCAGACCACCUGGAUGAAGGUUCUGAGAAACCACAGGAGGUUGAGACCUAAAGGAAGGUGCAGAGCUCGGAGCAGAGAGGCAGAGGAAGCAGCAGAGCACGGGACAGGAGGACAGCGUGCGUCUGGGCUGGGGAGUGCUAGAGCCUGGUGAGCACCCCAGGGGACAGGAGGAAUCAAGGGAGAAAGAGGGAAGGAAGCCAGGCACAUUGCAGGUGCAAAGGAAACCAAGGAGAACCUGGGAGCCAGAGACAGGAGCCAUGCCCCACAGCUCUGACAGCAGUGACUCCAGCAUCUCCAGCCAGUCCCCCCCUCCUGGCAAGCAGGACUCUUCUGAUGACAUGAGGAAAGUUCAGAGGAGGGAGAAGAACCGCAUUGCUGCCCAGAAGAGUCGCCUGCGGCAGACCCAGAAAGCAGAUACACUGCACUUGGAGAGCGAAGACCUGGAGAGGCAGAACGCAGCCCUGCGCCGGGAGAUCAAGCAGUUGACAGAGGAGAUGAAGCACUUCACCUCAGUGCUGAGCUCCCACGAACCGCUCUGCUCCAUCCUGGCGUCGCCUCCACCGCCGCCCCCGGAGGUGCUUUACGCCGCGCACUCCUUCCACCAGCCCCACAUCAGCUCCCCACGCUUCCAGCACUGAGCCCGCUGGGGCAGCCGAGAGCCGGCUCGUGGGGCUCAUUUUCCAUCUGGAGAGGGGCAGACGGACAGAUGCCCCUUCUCAAAGUGUGUACUCUGAGUGACUUUGUCCAAGACUUGUUCCCUGUGCAGAAAUGGCAGAGCCACCAGCAGGCAUCUUCAGGCAGUUUCCAGCUUGGAUCCUGGAAAGAGGAGGAAUUCACAAAAGAGCAUCAGUUGUUCCCUGGUUCUUGCCUGGGGACGUCGCAGGCUGCCCCUGUACCGGUGGCUGGCUGCGGCAUGCAGCAUCAGGAGCUCCAGGCAUGGGAAUGAGAGCAGGGGUGGAGGGGGAGGUUGGGGGCACAGAGUACCAGGGUGAAACUGGUUUAUUUUUGUAAAAUAAAGAAUGAAAAUGCUUCGUGUGUUGUCUUUCAAAACAGGGUCAGCCACUCUGAAGGUCCUGUAUGACACGGGGAAGCUGGAGUAGCAGUGGGGGAAAACUUGCCUCCUUCAUAUCUUUGCUAGAGCAAUGGGCUGGGGGGGAGGUGGACUGUUCCCUGCCUUAGGGCUGGAUCUGGCUUAUGCUAUCAGACGUGCUCUGCUGGGUCCUGCUGGGGAUGACAAGUGGAGGCACUGGUGAUGGUACAGGCAGU